AUGGCGAGUUGCUCCUUCGCUGGCGACCGAGCACUAAGGAGACUGAGAGCUGCAGCAGCAGCAGCCUCCGCAGCUCUAGCAGCAGUGGCGACCACCCCGCUUCUUUCCUCCGGAACCCCGACCGCACUCAUUGGGACCGGGCCGUCCUGUCCGGGAGCCAUGUGGCUCCCCACGGCCACUGGCUCCCGGUCAGACUCCGAGUCCGAAGAGGAGGACCUCCCCGUCGGGGAUGAAGUCUGCAAACGCGGCUACCUGAGGAAACAGAAGCAUGGGCACAGGCGUUACUUCGUGCUCAAACUCGAGACUGAAGACGCACCGGCUCGGCUCGAAUACUACGAAAAUGCCAGGAAGUUCCGGCACAGUGUCCGCGCCGCGGCGGCUGCGGCAGAGGCAGCCGCCUCCGGUGCUGCGGUCCCCGCGCUCAUCCCACCAAGGCGCGUGAUCAUCCUGUACCAGUGCUUCUCCGUGAGCCAACGAGCUGAUGCCCGGUACCGACACCUCAUUGCCCUUUUCACCCAGGACGAAUACUUCGCGAUGGUAGCCGAGAACGAGUCGGAACAAGAAAGCUGGUACUUGCUCCUCAGCCGCCUCAUCCUCGAGAGCAAGCGCCGCCGCUGCGGCACGCUAGGCGCGCAGCCGGACGGAGAGCCGGGGGCCCUGGCGGCAGCAGCGGCGGCGGAGCCACGCUUCUACAAAGAUGUGUGGCAGGUAGUAGUGAAACCCAGGGGGCUGGGGCACAGAAAAGAGCUGAGCGGCGUGUUCCGGCUGUGUCUUACCGACGAAGAGGUCGUGUUUGUAAGGCUCAAUACUGAAGUGGCCAGUGUGGUCGUCCAGCUCCUGAGCAUUCGUCGCUGUGGGCACUCAGAGCAGUACUUCUUCUUGGAAGUCGGCAGGUCCACCGUCAUCGGUCCAGGGGAGCUGUGGAUGCAGGUAGAUGAUAGUGUGGUGGCCCAAAAUAUGCAUGAGUUGUUUUUGGAGAAAAUGAGAGCCUUGUGCGCAGACGAAUACAGAGCCCGAUGCCGCAGCUACAGCAUCAGUGUUGGCGCCCACCUGUUAACCCUGCUGUCCACUAGGAGGCACCUAGGCUUGCUCCCGCUGGAGCCCGGCGGCUGGCUCCGAAGAGCCCGCUUUGAGCAAUUUUGCCACCUCAGGGCUAUCGGUAAUAGGGAAGAGGAGAUGCUGUUUACCAGGCGCCUCAUACCCAACGAGCCUCUACCUCCCUCCAGGAGAGGAAGGGGCCACCUGCCCAGAGCCCGCAGGUCCAGGAGAGCGGUUUCAGUACCACCCAGCUUUUUCCGCCCGGUGGCUCCUAGCCCCCGUGUACAUGUCUCACACCCUGAAGAAGACUUCAACGACAGAGCUUGUGAAGCCUCGGGCUCCAGCUCUGGCAACUCUGAAGAAAAAGACAAGGAAAGUGAGGAAGGGAACGGAGGUGAUUACAUGCCCAUGAACAACUGGGGCUCAGGAAAUGGCCGGGGCUCAGGAGGUGGACAGGGCUCAAGUGGCCAAGGCACCAGUAGCCAGAGCUCAGGAGGAAACCAGUGCUCAGGUGGAGGCCAGGGUUCAGGAGGUCAGGGUGCUGGAGGAAACCAGUGCUCAGGAAAUAGCCAGGGCACGGCAGGUGGCCAUGGCUCAGGUGGAGGCCAGAGGCCUGGAGGUGGCCAUGGCUCAGGUGGUGGCCAGGGACCUGGAGAUGGUCAUGGCUCAGGUGGUGGCAAGAACUCAGGAGGAGGCAAGGGCUCAGGAAGUGGAAAGAACGCCAAUGAUGGUGACCGUGGAAAAUCUCUGAAGAAGAGAUCAUACUUUAGUAAAUUCACUCAAAGUAAGCAACAGCAAAUGCUGCCUCCACCGCCACCUCCACCACCAACAGCUGGAGCAGCUGGUGGAAAAGGGAAGUCUGGAGGAAGAUUCCGACUUUAUUUCUGUGCUGACAGGGGAGCCACGAAAGAACGCAAAGAGGCCAAAGAGAUGAGAGAUAUGGAGAGCUCAGAAAGUGCAACCCGGGGACCACACAGAGCCAGAGCUUUCGAUGAAGAUGAGGAUGACCCAUAUGUGCCAAUGAGGCCAGGGGUGGCCGCUCCUCUUGCAUGUUCCAGUGACUAUAUGCCAAUGGCUCCUCAAAAUUCCUCUGCUUCAAAGAAGCGCCACUCUAGGUCACCCUUUGAAGACUCCAGAGGGUACAUGAUGAUGUUUCCCAGAGUGAGCCCACCACCACCUGCACCAAGUCCUCCAAAAGCACCAGAUACUAAUAAAGAGGAUGACUCUAAGGACAAUGACAGUGACAGUGACUACAUGUUUAUGGCUCCUGGAGCAGGUGCAAUUCCUAAAAAUCCCCCCAAUCAUCAGGGAGGCUCUUCCUCCAAAAGUUGGAGCUCUUACUUCUCUCUGCCAAGUCCUUUUCAGAGUUCACCCUUGGGACAGAGCGACCAUAGUGAGUAUGUUCCGAUGUUGCCUGGGAAAUUCCUGGGGAGGGGUCUAGACAAAGAAGCCUCCUUCAGCCAGGGCACCAAAGAUGUGGCUUCAAAGCCUUCCACUGAGGGGUCAUUCUCAAAACCUGGAGAUAGGGGGUCACCUGCAAAGCCUUCAGAUGAUGAGCCCCCAGAGAACAAGGCUAAGAGACCUAACAGACUUUCUUUUAUUGCAAAAGGAAAUAAAAUCAAUCCCAAUCCAGUAGAGCCCACACAGGAGCAGAGAGGAGCUGACAGCUCUCGUGACUAUAUCAACAUUGACUUCAUUAAGAGAGAGCGCCAUGUGCCAGCUCCCCCUGCUCAAGGACUGCCAGAUCCAUGGGGCUUAAUUGCUGACUCCAGAUGCACAGCUUUUUCUAGCUACCUGAAUAUUGAAAUCGGGGUGCCCUUUUCAAAUCCAGCAAUCCGUCUUUCAGAUCUUUUAAGAGCUCUACCAGGUGCCAACACCAUCUAUCUGGCCGGUGCUAGGUGGCCCUUUCGUCUUUUCCCAGGCAAUGCUACAGGUAGUAUUAUGGAAGAGGGUGAAUACAUUGAAGUAAUUUUCAACCCAGCCAUGAGACCAGUCGUGCCUUUUGCUGACACUACCAUUCGCUAUGAUGCUCAAACCGGUCAAAUCUGUGUAGUCGACCCAUUUUCCGAGUGCUGUAUGAACGUUUCUCUCUCUGCCGGUCCAUUCUCUGAACGGCCACCUGUAGCUAGGCUGCUGCAGGAGGAAGUGCAGGAGAGAAGACGCCAGCAAAGCCGUUCCCAAAGCGUAUUUGCCAACACCCGAGCCGCUGUCUCUGCUUUCCCGACUGACAGCUUGGACAGAGACUUUCCCGCCGCUUCUGCCCGGGUUGCUGUUCCAGCUGGGGCGCCCCUCUUGGCAGUGAGCCGGGCAUUAGCUGUGGUCUCUGCGCUAGCGGCGGCCCCCGGCUUUGGCGCUGUCUUUGCCGGCUUCCAGGCCACUGUCGGAUUUGACUCCGCCUCUGUUCGCUGGUUCCAACCUGUUGCUAAUGUUCUCGGUGCCCAGGCUGUAAGAGGGGUCCAGGACAUUGCCGCAGGCUGGAAUCUUGGAGCUCUUAACCAAGCUGCCAGAGGUGAGGACCUGGCGGCCCGCGCUGCCGCUCCACCACCGCCACCUCGCCAGCGACAGGUGCUGAGACGCCCAGAGAGAGCGGAUUCUGAGGACAACGACGACGAAGACAACGACAUUUACGUAAGAAUGGACUUUGCCAGACGUGACUACAAGAAGUGA